UGGAGUAUUCGGUCCGGGCCUAGCGUGCCGCCGCUUGCAUCUCUACUAUGUCGCGGGCACGCUGCCACCUGCGCGCGGCUCUCUUCCUGGCAGCGGUUUCUUCGCGUGGUGCAACAACCGGGGUCGCAGCGAGGCGAGUAUUGAGCGCGUGGCCUGCGCCACAGGAGCCCGGCAUGGAGUAUCAGGAUGCUGUGCGCACACUCAACACCCUGCAGACCAACGCCAACUACCUGGAGCAGGUGAAGCGCCAGCGGGGUGACCCCCAGACACAACUGGAAGCCAUGAAGUUGUACUUGGCACGGAGUGGGCUGCAGGUGGAGGACUUGGACCAACUGAACAUCAUCCACAUCACUGGGACCAAGGGGAAGGGCUCCACCUGUGCCUUCACUGAACGUAUCCUCCGAAGCUAUGGCCUGAAGACGGGAUUCUUUAGCUCUCCCCACCUGGUGCAGGUGCGUGAGCGGAUCCGAAUCAAUGGGCAGCCCAUAAGCCCCGAGCUCUUCACCAAGUACUUCUGGCGCCUCUACCACCGGCUGGAGGAGACCAAGGAUGACAGCAGCUGUGUCUCCAUGCCUGGCUACUUCCGCUUCCUCACACUCAUGGCCUUCCAUGUCUUCCUCCAAGAGAAGGUGGACCUGGCAGUGAUGGAAGUGGGCAUCGGCGGGGCUUACGACUGCACCAACAUCGUCAAGAAGCCUGUGGUGUGUGGGGUCUCCUCUCUUGGCAUCGACCACACUGGCCUUCUGGGGGACACGAUGGAGAAGAUCGCAUGGCAGAAAGGGGGCAUUUUUAAGUGUGGCAUCCCCGCCUUCACCGUGCUCCAGCCUGACGGGCCCCUGGCAGUGCUGAGGGACCGCGCUCAGCAGAUCUCAUGUCCCCUCUACCUGUGCCCACCACUAGAAGCCCUGGAGGAAGGGGGGCCACUGCUGACCCUGGGCCUGGAGGGGGAGCACCAGCAGUCCAAUGCCGCCUUGGCCUUGCAGCUGGCUCGCUGCUGGCUGCAGCAAAAGGGCUACCAGGAUACUGGAGAGCUGAAGGCAUCCAGGCCAAGCCUCCUGGGGCAGCUGCCCCUGGCACCUGUGUUCCAGCCCACGUCCCACAUGCAGCAUGGGCUUCGGGACACGGAGUGGCCGGGCCGGACGCAGUUGCUGCGGCGGGGGCCCCUCACUUGGUACCUGGACGGCGCGCACACCACCAGCAGCAUGCAGGCCUGCGUGCGCUGGUUCCGCCAGGCGCUGCACAGCCGCGAGAGGCCGGGCGGCGGGUCUGAGGUGCGUGUCUUGCUCUUCAACUCCACUGGGGACCGGGAUUCCGCGGCCCUGCUGAAGCUGCUGCAGCCCUGCCAGUUUGACUAUACCAUUUUCUGCCCUAACCUGACAGAGGUGUCAUCCACGGACAAUGCAGACCAACAGAACUUCACAGUGACCCUGGACCAGGUGCUGCUCCGCUGCCUUGCACACCAGCAACACUGGAGCCGCCUGCACGAGGACCAGGCCAGCCCGGAGGCUGGUGGGCCUGCACCCCUGCUGCUGGCACCCCGCCCAGCCCACACCCACAGCACCAGCUCCCUCGUCUUCAGCUGCAUUUCCCACGCCUUGCAGUGGAUCAGCCAAGGCCGGGACCCUGUCUUUCAGCCAGCCAGUCCCCCACGGGUCCUCUUUGCCCACCCUGUGGCAGGCAGUGGGGCCAUCGUCCUCCAGGAGGCUGCUGCCAUCCACGUGCUGGUCACAGGCAGCCUGCACCUGGUGGGCGGCGUGCUGAAGCUGCUGGAGCCCUCCCUGUCCCAGUAGCCGAGGCAGUGGGGUUGGAGGUGGGGUUCCCCCACACCUGCCCUGCAUUUCGCCAUGAACUAAAUUACGUGCUUUUCGUGCC